GGGGAUGGAGGAGAGUGGGGAAUAGGGAGCAGAAGCCAGCGGAGAAGGAGCUGUAGUGGUGUCUGAGCAGAGAGUGGAUUUCUGGAAGAAUAUCUCAGAGCUGCGGGGGUCCCCCAGGCGAUGCUGGCUGAAUUCUGAUCCCUCCAGGGAGUUCUUGGCUAGGGAGCAUGGCUUGGGAGUGAUGGAGGCUUUAGCGGGGCAGAAGGGAGAGAGGUAGGGUACUCCAGGCUGAGCUGGCUGUGUUAGGAUCCAACAAGAAGUCCCCUCCAGGCUCCAGAGACCUCCUUUUCAUCCUGGCCGGGAGCCCUACUUCCUUUAGGAGGUGAAGAAGGGAGCCAGUGGACUGUGCCUCUGUUUGUCAGGGGGGCUUCUGAUGGUGGGAGGCAUUUCUGGGCUUGCACUAGGUGGGUGAGUGAUGCAGGUGUAUGUCUCCAUGUGCUGCACCCCCCACGGGGGCUGGAGGUGCUGCCUGUCACACCUGGGUGUCCUCAUGCACACUGAACUCCUGGUGGCGACAGCUGGGCUUGGGAAUGGGCAGAGUGGUGGUGGCGGGGGCACCUCUUUAGAGCUGGGUCUCCCCGCUCAGUGAUCCUGCCUGUCUCCUCCCAGAUGGGAAGGAGCAGCCUGUGAGCCCCAGGGCAGGGGAAAUCUCCCAGAGCAAUCCGUCCCUAAUCCCCAGGCUGGUCCUCAGGCUGGAGAUGGCAGCUGCAGAGCCUGGGAGCUUGGGCACACCUGCUCGCAGACCCCGGCUUCCCUUGGCAAGCCCCGUGCUGCCCAGGGACUGCGACCCCGGGGGCCUGGCCCAGCCCCUGGAAAGCUGGAGCCUCAAAGCCUCUGGCGCCCCGUCACCGGCACGGCUUCGGGAAACGGGACCCGCACAGAGACCUAGGACAGGAAGUCCUCAUCUUCUGUGUCAGCCUGCCCUGGGGACCCUAACAGGAGUACUUUAACAUUCACCAGGACUUCUUGGACCUCAGUCACUGUUUAGAACAAGGUCUGUGACCUCAGCCCCGGCUGAGAGAGAGACCUAGAGACAGAGCGUGAGCUGGGGAUGGUCAGAGAAAGAGGGAGACACAAAAUCCGAAGCAGACUCCGGGCUCCGAGCUGUCAGCACAGACCCGACGUGGGGCUCGAACUCCCAAACUGUGAGAUCAUGACCCGACCAAAGUCGGAGGCUUAACUGUCUGCGCCACCCAGGUGCCCCUCGUUGGUGUAAUUUCUUAAUUAAACUGCAUUCCCCUGCCCCCCUGAAUUGUGCUGCCUGGAUCCAGACAGCAUUUAUGAGUGCCUUCUGUAUGCCCCACACUGGGCUAAGUGCUUGCUAGGCAUCAUCUUGUGUAACCCUCACAGAGACCUGAGAGUAGAUAGCAUUAUCCCCCUUCUCAGGUGGGGAUACUGAGGGUCAGGGAGAGACAGGUUUCAUCACUGCAGGACAUAGCACAGGAGGAAGGGGUUUAACUGCAGGAUGGGGUUUUAAGUCGCACUGGCGUGACAGACCUUGGGACAGAUCAUUUAAGGGAGGCUGUGGAAUUGGCUCUUCUGGUACGCGAGUUCAGAAAUUCAGAGGUGCAGGGUUCUGAAGACAUGUGCCCCUGGAGGGAGGGCCAGGGGACACAAAGGGAGACCCAAAGCCAAUGUAAGGGGCAAGUCCUGACUUUAGGAGAGAUUGGAGAAGGGAUCGGCAUUGUCCCCAGCAUCCCCAGCAGAACUGUGACCUGGAAAGGCCCCAGAGGAAGCCCACAGAGGAGCCACCCGCCCCCAUCCCCUCCCCGGCUCCUGAUUUUGGCAGGACUGUUGUUUUCACUAGUGUUUUCCAAUAACUUUGCACCUCGGCAGAAACCGGGUCCAGUGACUUCUGCCUGUAAUUGGCACAGGCUGCUUCCAGUUCUGGUGUGGGUAAGCGGGCCACUUGCUUUGCGCUUAUAACCCCUUCCCCCACCUGUACCUCAUCCCGCCCCACACACAUGAAGAGCGAAGGAUCUGACCCGGCCGUCCUGGGGUGUGCUGUGUGUAAAAAUACAUGGGGUUGAGCCAUUUCCUGCUGCUUCCGUUCUUGCAUGGCGAUAAGACACAGGGGACUCAGCUGUGGACAGAGAGGUCCUCCAACAGCUGGGGUGGGGGGGGGGCGGCCCUGGGAGAGCAGGACUCCAGGCCCGCCUGCUUUCUUCUGACCCCGCGGUUUCUCAUCUUUCCUAUCUCCUGGGACCUUUCCUUCCUUUCACCCCGACCCCCCAACCUUUCUCGGCUUCUCUUCUCCUUUGUGCCACCCUCAUGCGCUUGGGAAGCCUGCCUGCUGCUUGGAAAGGGAACUCCUGCUCCGUCCUGCACAUUUGCCCCCUCCUGAGCUAAGCCCUGGUACCUUCAGGCCCCCAGACUGGUCUCUGCUGCCCUUGGCCCCCAGGGGUUGCUCCUGGGACUUGAGUCCUCAGGACCUGGCCAGCACGGUGGGUGGGGCUGUGCUCCUCUCCUGCAUCUGAGAGAGCGUCUGGGAGAGCGGGCAGGGCCGGGUGCUCCUGCCGUCAUGAAGCGGAAGAGGUUGCUGAUGACUCAGGAGAGCUGGAAGGUUGACAAGGGAGACCUUGUGGCCCUGAGCCUCCCCGGCGGCCCCGGCCACGGUGACGCCGACGGUCCCGUCAGCCUGGACGUGCCGGACGGGGCGCCCGACCCCCAGCGGACCAAGGCUGCCAUCGACCACCUGCACCAGAAGAUCCUGAAGAUCACCGAGCAGAUCAAGAUCGAGCAGGAGGCGCGGGACGACAACGUGGCCGAGUACCUGAAGCUGGCCAACAAUGCGGACAAGCAGCAGGUGUCGCGCAUCAAGCAGGUGUUCGAGAAGAAGAACCAGAAGUCGGCCCAGACCAUCGCCCAGCUGCACAAGAAGCUGGAGCACUACCGCCGGCGCCUGAAGGAGAUAGAGCAGAACGGGCCCUCGCGGCAGCCCAAGGACGUGCUGCGGGACAUGCAGCAGGGCCUGAAGGACGUGGGCGCCAACGUGCGCGCCGGCAUCAGUGGCUUCGGGGGCGGCGUGGUCGAGGGCGUCAAGGGCAGCCUCUCGGGCCUCUCGCAGGCCACCCACACCGCGGUGGUGUCCAAGCCCCGGGAGUUCGCCAGCCUCAUCCGCAACAAGUUUGGCAGCGCCGACAACAUCGCCCACCUGAAGGACCCUCUGGAGGACGGGCCCCCCGAGGAGGCGGCCCGGGCGCUGAGCGGCAGCGCCACCCUCGUGUCCAGCCCCAAGUACGGCAGCGAUGACGAGUGCUCCAGUGCCAGCGCCAGCUCGGCCGGGGCGGGCAGCAACUCCGGGGCUGGGCCGGCGGGGGCGCUAGGGAGCCCCAAGUCGAACACGCUGUACGGGGCCCCCGGAAGCCUGGACGCUCUGCUGGAGGAGCUGCGGGAGAUUAAGGAGGGACAGUCCCACCUGGAGGACUCGAUGGAGGACCUCAAGUCUCAGUUGCAGAGGGACUACACCUACAUGACCCAGUGUCUGCAGGAGGAGCGCUACAGGUACGAGCGGCUGGAAGAACAGCUCAAUGACCUGACCGAGCUUCACCAGAAUGAGAUGACCAACCUGAAGCAGGAGCUGGCCAGCAUGGAGGAGAAGGUGGCCUACCAAUCCUACGAAAGGGCUCGGGACAUCCAGGAGGCCGUGGAGUCCUGCCUGACCCGCGUCACCAAGCUGGAGUUGCAGCAGCAGCAGCAGCAGGUCGUGCAGCUGGAGGGCGUGGAGAACGCCAACGCGCGGGCUCUGCUGGGCAAGUUCAUCAACGUGAUCCUGGCGCUCAUGGCCGUGCUGCUGGUGUUCGUGUCCACCAUCGCCAGCUUCAUCACGCCCCUCAUGAAGACACGCCUGCGCAUCACCAGCACCGCCCUCCUGGUCCUCGUCCUCUUCCUCCUCUGGAAGCACUGGGACUCCCUCACCUACCUCCUGGAGCACGUGCUGCUGCCCAGCUGAGCGGCCAGCCCACCCCUGCCCCGUGCUCCCCCCGGCCCCGAGAUGGCCACGCUUCUCCUGGAGGGACCCGGGGACCCCCGAGUCCCUUGAACUUGUUCGUGUGUCUGGUUUGGCCUCUUGCCCAAACUGUCCAUUCCAGCAGCCCCUGCCCCCUUCUCUGUUCUUGCUUCUGUCUGACGCCUUCUCCCUGUUGGCCUGAAGGGAGCCUCGAGCGCAGCCCUGGCCGGGCACAGUGAGGACAUCCGUGGCCAAAUGGAGCAGAGGAGGACACCGGGAUGGACCGUUCUGAUUAUUUACAGUCACACAAGGACUUCUCCCAGCGGACUCAGGAUGCAGCAAGUCAGGAGGGUCAAGAAGAGGAGCAGGAGAGGGCCACGCCCCAUCCUUCCAGGGAAGAGCCCAACCUGGAGGCAUCCACAGUUCCUUCCUGCGGAGAUGGUCAGGGUGAAGGCCAGACGGCAAGCGGGGGGUGGGGCUCUGCUGGCCUCAGAGAAUGCCAGGGAGAGAGGGCAGGUCCCCCCAGCCUCUGGGCACCUGCCGGGCCAGAGGGCAGGCUCGGUCCACCCCUGGUUCCUCCAGAGCUGGUUUGAGGCUCACUUCUGGGCUGGGCCCUUCCCGGGAUAUGAAGGACGCAGGCUCUGGAGGCCAGGUGGAGUACAGCUUUUGGACUUGUGUUUUCCCUGUUGUUCUUUCUGCCUGUCACUGGAUCUGCUCUUUUCAGGGAAACAGGCCCCAGGGGCCCCCCGAGCCUCAGCCUAAGCCCUUAGGCCUCUGGGAGCAUGUUGGGUUCUAUUUAUUUAUUUAUUUAUUUGUUCCUUUGUACCUUGUCCCCCCUGAGCUCCAGGGAGAGGGAGAGGCCCUGCCCCUGUCCUCUCUCGGAAGCCAGGGCCUUCUCCUUGGCUGUUGGGCACUUCCAUACCAUUUCGCCUCUGGAUAAUCCUGGCUAGGGGAAGGGGGGCAAAGCCACCCAGCCCCACUCUCCCAAAGCACCCCUCAGCCAGGACGGGAGGAGCAUAGCCUCUCUUUUAUACAUCUGUUUAUUUUGUAUGUGUGUAUUUGUGUGGAGGAGGUUGUUUGUUGCUUUAUUUUUUUAAGGCUCUGGAGUGUUGUGUAUGGUUUCUCUUCACAUCCCAGCCUUCCCACGGGCACUUCUAAGAAAAGAGGGCAUUUCUCGCAAAACAAAAGAGAAAUCCCUUAGAGCGGAGGAGGGUAGUGCCUGUCAGCUGUGGUGGACCUUCCUGAAAAAUAAAUAUCCUCUAAAUUUUCAAAGCAUCCUGUCUAGUGUUAGUUGAUGAGGCCAUCCCCGUGGAAACCACCGGGUCUCUCCCCACACCCAGGCAUGCUGGGUAACACUCUGGGCCUCCCCUGUUGGCCUGAGCCCUUCUUCCUUCAGGAUCCAUCCCUGAACAAGCCAUCGUGCACCCUUCCCGUCCUACUUUGCGCAGCCAAAGCUCUGGCCUCCGUGAUAGGGAAGUGAGGUGAUACCACCCCCUCUGGCUGGCCAGAGCACUUUCUAGGGGGAGGGGAUUGGGAGAUUGCUUUCUAGGGCUUGAAGAAGACAAACAGCCCCAAACCCAGACAGCAGCGGCCAGGCCUG